UGUUCCUCGUUCCCUCAGGGGUCUGCGUGGCGUGUCGGAGCAGAGCUGCGGUGGAGGCGGUGAACGAUGCUGAGCUGCUAACUGAUAAACUGAAACAUGUCUGACACAGAUGAAUCCCACGCUUCUGACUCUGAUUGCCCUGAUGCCCAAGAGCUAAUAUGCAGUUGGCAGAAAGAACCACAUAAGGUACAUGCAGGUAGAACAAAUACACAAAUGGAGUGUUCACGUUCAAGGCGGAAGGAUGCUGCUGCUCAGGGGUCUUCAGAUGAGCUUAACAGUGUACAUAAAUCAUCAGCUGCUUCUGCUGUGGUUUUGCUGGACAGCAGUGACUCAGAAAUCAAUCUCUCUGCUGCUAGUGUUAGUGAAUACCAUCCGAAGUGCUCCACUGCACCUUCAAAGCAAAAAAAGAGAUCUCAACCUUCAAGGCAACAAGCAGAAUCUGUUGAAGGAGAGCCUGAUGAUGAAAGUUCAGAUUCUUCUCUGUCUCCUCAAAGUCCAGUGAAAUCAUCGGAAACUUCCAAAAAGCAGAAGUCAAAGCUCAAUGUGAAAGCCAUUCUCGCCUAUCACUUCAGGGGAAAGAAGUUUAAGGCUGCUGCACACCGAAGGUACAGGAUUAGCUCAACGAAGAAGAAGAAGAAGAGGAAGUAUGAGAGCACACGGAUGCGUACCGGGAGGCCACCGCUGACAGCCUCGCCACAAGAACAAAAGAGAAGGCUUCAAGACAGAGGCUUUCAAUUCCCUUUUGUUGAAAAACAUUAUGGGAAGAAACACAUUCCCUUAAAGAUGGUUCUUGGCUAUGAGCAAGCAGCUGCAAAGGGAUAUUUAAAGUACAUUGAAAUGCUUAAAUAUGAAGAACAUCUCAAAAAGGCUUUAAAAGCCCUUCAAGCUAGUGAAGACUUGGAAAGAGAAUGUCUGGCAGUACGGAAACACAAAUACUUAGAUGAUGAAGGCCCCAUUUCCCCUAUCCAGGAGAUGAAUGAUGAUGAUGACAGCUUGAAUUCUGAUAAUCCAGAAGAUCUUGAUGCCAGAGUAGUGGAGAACAGCUCUUUCAUUAUAAGCAGCAAAAUUCCCAGUAAGAAAAAAUCAAAACCAGAAACGAAAUGUGCAAAAUCAACAGUGAAGUGAUUGAAGUAGAGGAGGAGGAAGACUGUGCUGCUGAGAACCCUGGGCUGCUGCAAGGUUCACCUCAGUGAACAGAAAACUAACAAAUGAGGUGGCAGUGGUCACUCUUGAGAUACCUUUUUCUUGGCCUACUUGGUUUAAAACACUGGUCUGAAGUCAAUGUUGAGUUAUCAACCAAGCAAGCUAGUCAGAUCUGGUUUAAGGUGAGUGUAUUGGGCGCUGCGUCCGAGGUGGUUACAGAAGUGUAAUCUGUCUUCUUGCUAAGCUUUUACAGUGUCUUCUGCGCUGUCUUGUAUCAGGCGUGCAAUAUCCUUGAUGGCGCUGGCUGAUAAUCUUGCUGAAAUGCUACCUUCUGCAGCUUGACUUCUCUGAACCAGUGGAUCAUAGAAUUUAUGGAAUUAAAAAUAGGAAAACCAAGUUCCAAAUACUGUACAUAGCAGCACAGUAUAGAAAAGUGUGUGCAUUUGCAUACAUAUACAUGCUUAUGUUACAAAGGGCAAUUUGGACCCCUUUCUCUUUCAUAGCUGACUUUUUGUGAAUGGUACUUGAGGGGUUAUCUUUCUGUCUCUUAAGAAAAUGCAGGUUAUGCUUUGAAGUACUGCAAGAGCUGAGUACGGGUUGAAGACAGAAUUGAAGCUUAAUGCAAAUCUUUUGUGCCAGCAGUAAAAAAUGCAAAAGUGGUUUGUCAACUUAGGCAAAAGACUGUUGCAAAAUACAGUUAAUGUAUUUGAAUGAUGAUAAAAUCAGUUUGUGUGAUUGAGGUUGUCUACUCCAUGUGGAAUAACUGUUCAGAAAAGUAAUUCUCUGCUCCUGAAUCUAAUACAAUAAUCUGAAGUUGUAAGUUAUCUUAAAAAUAAUUGUAGCAGCAUAGAAUCUUAGAUUAAAAGAUUCUCUUACCCCUCUUGCCUUUCUUUGUCCAGAAAGGGGUCUGACAUGAACAUGACUAAGCAGAAGAUGAAAGCUCUUUAUAAUGACAGUACUUAACAAGCGUUGCCCCCGUUGCAAAUACCUUUUCAAGGUGUUUUAGACGUUUGCAAACAUGACUAGUGUUUCAAAAUGGUCUGAAUGUAGCUAACUCCUAGAUAGAUGACAAACCUGUCUUGGUAGCAGUAGAAAUAAAACUGUUUGAAAAAGUUAACCUGUGAAUCAGUGAGAUGUAAAUAACCAAAGGGUGAUCUGCUUC